GCGAAGGCAGACCGUGUCAUCUGUCGGUGGCCGGCGAGGGGCCUCGGCCUUCUUUAUGAGCUCGCCUUAAGAUGUCCGGUCUACAGAUUCGGUGGAUGGACCCUGUGUUGUAUCUGGUUGGGUGAGGAGGGCGCCACGGUCUACGGUGAAUCUUGAAAUCUGGAGAGCUUGUGGACAAGUGUAUAGGAUCAAGGAUUCACAUUGUGAUGAAGAGUGACAAAGAGAUAGUUGGUACACUUCUAGGAUUUGACGACUUUGUCAAUAUGGUGUUGGAAGAUGUCACCGAGUUUGAAAUUACACCAGAAGGAAGAAGGAUUACAAAAUUAGAUCAGAUUUUACUAAAUGGGAAUAAUAUAACGAUGCUGGUUCCUGGAGGAGAAGGGCCUGAAGUAUGAAUGGAUCACCUUGACUUAUGCUAGAUUCUGGCUUUUUAAAAAACCUUUGAUGUUUAGAUUCUAUAAAAUGAAGUUUCCGUUAAAAGGAAAUACUUUGGAAAUAUAUACCCAUUUUUCUAAGCUAAUCAUGGUUAUGUUGGGAAAGGAAGAGUUUUGUUUUGUUUUUUUUAAAGGCUUAAAAUAAAGAUGUUUUUGGUUAA